AUGGGUGAGGUGACAGCAGAGGAGGUGGAGAAGUUCCUGGACUCAAAUAUUGGCUUUGCCAAACGGUAUUACGAUCUCCACUACAGGGCCAAGGUUAUCUCAGACCUCCUUGGGGCCAAGGAGGCAGCUGUGGACUUCAGCUACUACCACCCUCUGAGCAGCGUGGAGGAGAGUGAAAUCAUCUUUGAUCUCCUGAGGGACCUUCAAGAGAACUUGCAGGCUGAGAAGUGUACCUUUAAUGUCAUGAAGAAGCUGUGCUUCCUCCUGCAGGCAGACCGUAUGAGCCUGUUCAUGUACAGGGCCCGAAAUGGCAUCGGGGAGCUAGCCACUCGACUCUUCAACGUCCACAAGGAUGCCACCUUUGAGGAAUGCCUGGUGAUGCCCGAUUCCGAGAUCGUCUUCCCUCUGGACAUGGGUGUCGUGGGCUAUGUCGCACAGUCUAAGAAGGUCAACAAUGUCCCCAACACAAAAGAGGAUGAGCAUUUUUGUGACUUCGUGGACAACCUCACAGAGUACCAGACCAAGAACAUUCUGGCUUCCCCUAUAAUGAAUGGGAAGGACUUGGUGGCUGUAUUGAUGGCUGUGAAUAAAGUAGAUGGACCCCACUUCACCAAGGGAGAUGAAGAGAUUCUUCUCAAGUACCUCAAUUUUGCAAAUCUACUCAUGAAGGUUUACCACUUGAGUUACCUGUACAACUGUGAGACUCGGCGUGGCCAGAUACUGCUGUGGUCUGGGAGCAAAGUCUUUGAAGAACUUACAGACAUUGAGAGACAGUUCCACAAAGCCCUGUACACAGUCCGUGCCUUCCUCAACUGUGACAGAUAUUCUGUGGGUCUCUUAGACAUGACCAAGCAGAAGGAAUUUUUCGAUGUCUGGCCAGUUCUGAUGGGUGAAGCACCUCCCUAUACCGGUCCCAGGACCCCGGAUGGAAGGGAAAUUAACUUUUACAAGGUCAUUGACUACAUCCUGCAUGGCAAAGAAGACAUCAAAGUAAUUCCGAAUCCACCUCCUGACCACUGGGCUUUAGUAAGUGGUCUCCCCACUUAUGUUGCCCAAAAUGGCCUGAUUUGCAAUAUCAUGAAUGCACCUGCCGAGGACCUUUUUGCAUUUCAGAAAGAGCCUCUGGAUGAUUCUGGAUGGAUGAUCAAAAAUGUCCUUUCAAUGCCGAUUGUGAACAAGAAGGAAGAAAUUGUUGGGGUGGCCACGUUCUACAAUCGCAAAGAUGGGAAGCCCUUUGAUGAAAUGGAUGAGACCCUCAUGGAGUCUUUGACUCAAUUCCUGGGCUGGUCUGUCUUGAAUCCUGACACCUAUGAGUCUAUGAACAAACUUGAAAAUCGGAAGGAUAUUUUCCAAGACAUUGUAAAAUAUCAUGUAAAGUGUGACAAUGAAGAAAUUCAGAAAAUCUUGAAAACCAGAGAGGUGUAUGGGAAGGAGCCAUGGGAUUGUGAGGAAGAGGAGCUAACUGAGAUCCUGCGGGGAGAGCUGCCAGAUGUAGAGAAAUAUGAAAUUAAUAAAUUCCACUUCAGUGACUUGCCCCUCACAGAACUGGAGCUGGUGAAAUGUGGAAUACAGAUGUAUUAUGAGCUCAAAGUGGUGGAGAAAUUCCACAUUCCACAAGAGGCCCUGGUGCGGUUCAUGUACUCCCUGAGUAAGGGCUAUCGCAAGAUCACCUACCACAACUGGCGGCACGGCUUCAACGUGGGACAGACCAUGUUCUCCUUGCUGGUGACAGGAAAGCUGAAGCGAUACUUCACGGACCUAGAGGCCCUUGCCAUGGUCACUGCUGCCUUCUGCCAUGACAUUGACCACAGAGGCACCAACAACCUCUACCAGAUGAAAUCCCAGAACCCACUGGCCAAGCUCCAUGGGUCCUCCAUCUUGGAAAGACAUCACUUGGAGUUUGGCAAGACACUGCUGAGAGAUGAGAGCCUGAAUAUCUUUCAAAACCUCAACCGCCGACAGCAUGAGCACGCAAUCCACAUGAUGGACAUCGCAAUCAUUGCCACGGACCUCGCCCUGUAUUUCAAGAAGAGGACGAUGUUCCAGAAGAUCGUGGAUCAGUCUAAGACAUAUGAAAAUGAACAGGAAUGGACACAGUACAUGAUGUUGGAGCAGACGCGAAAGGAAAUUGUUAUGGCCAUGAUGAUGACAGCCUGUGAUCUCUCAGCCAUCACCAAGCCCUGGGAGGUGCAGAGCAAGGUGGCUCUGCUGGUGGCAGCGGAGUUCUGGGAGCAAGGCGACCUGGAGCGCACAGUGCUGCAGCAGAGUCCCAUUCCCAUGAUGGACAGAAACAAGGCGGAUGAACUCCCUAAGCUUCAAGUCGGCUUCAUUGACUUUGUGUGCACCUUUGUCUACAAGGAAUUCUCCCGUUUCCAUGAGGAGAUCACCCCCAUGCUGGAUGGGAUCACCAACAACCGCAAGGAGUGGAAGGCGCUAGCUGACGAAUAUGAGGCCAAGAUGAAGGCGCUGGAGGAGGAGAAGCAGAAGCAGCAGGAGGCCCAGCAAGCAGCCUACGGAAACCAGCCUGCAGGGAAUCCUAACCCUGGGGGUGCACCUGCAUCCAAGUCCUGCUGCAUCCAGUAGCACCUCCGGCCACUGCUGGUCAGAAUGGCACCAUCUAUUCAAGGAAAGAGGUCACCCAAGCCAUCAGAAAGUCACACACCUUGAAAAGUGAAAGCGUCGCGGGAUUUGAGUGAUGAUGGACAAUCCAUUUACAUCUCAUCUAGUGGGUUUUGAACAUUUUUGUUUUCUAGCCUUGAGAAUUGUCCAUUAAGCUAAAACCAAUAUUCUAAGUUUCAUAGACAUCAAUUAGAUUCCAGGUUCACCUGCUUGCAUAGAGUCAUUUUUGUUCUUAUACUUCUGUUUAAUGUUUCAUUAUACAAGUUCUUGGUUACUCUCAAAAGUAGAAAAUUAUAAAUUGAGGGCUGGGGUUGUGGCUCAGCGGUAGAGCGCUUGCCUAGCAUGUGUGAGUCACUGGAUUCGAUUCUCAGCAGCAUAUAUAAAUAAAUGAAUAAAAUAAAGGCAUCUAAAAAUAAUAUUUAAAAAAAAAGAAAAUUACAAAUCGAAUCCCCAGGUACCCAUCACCCGGAUAUGAAUAUCAAGAUUUGGCUACAUUUACUUCAUCUUCCUUUUUACAUUUCUUUUUUUCUCUUUUCUUAGCUGAAAUACUUUAAGGUAAAUGUGACAUACCUUUUCACUCCAUAUCUUUUCACUCUUCCAACACAUCUUGAAAGGACUAAGGGAUUUUUCCAGCAUAAGCAGGGAUUCACACAUAGCACAGGAACAGCUCGUGUACGCAGAGAUAGCCGUGCAGACCAGUCCUGAAUGACAAAGUCCUUCAAUACUGGACAUGGAGCCCCAGUAACUGUGAGUGCUGUCAGCCGACAGCCUCAGCGCCAGCCCCUUCAGGGUUCUCCUCAGGCACAGGGAUACUCUUUGCAUUUCCGGAAAUCAGCCUGCGGGGAAUGAGUGCCCUAUACCCAGCGACUGACUCAUGCUGGAGAAGCCUGGCCAUCUUGACCCACCAUGAGGAACUCUGAAAGGCCUUUCUAGCUCCAGGUCUCCCGCGGGGUCCAUCAAGGCUGUUGAUAAGUUCCCAUCACCACUCCCCUCCCUUCCUCUCCCCAGGUAAAUCGCCAGGCUUUCCUUACUAAGCAUCCUGCAGUCCAAGUAUCCCUUUGAGAGUCUGCUUCCUGGGGAACCCAACUUGUGGCAACAACCCUUCAUCAACUUCCCCUAUUGUCACAAAAAUGUCUUUGAGAGCUGAUCUGCUUGAAUCUGACCCAAACAAUUUUCACACAUUGAAUUUAGUUGCUGUGUUCCUUUAUACUUGCUAGAUUUUAGGAAGACAGACGUAUUCUUGAAUCUUCCAUUGAUUUCAAGGUGUAUAAAUAAGUUAAGGUAAAUCAUUCUUAAUUGCAGACCUUCAGUUUCGAUUCAUGGCAUUCUGUCGGUUUAAAAAUAGAGAUUAUUUCUUUAAAACCAAAUCAAAGUACACUCUGGUGGGUCAGCAAUGCCUGCCUGGUACAAGUAGUAUUCAUGCUAUAGUAACCGUGUUGAAAAAGGCAAAAGAAAAUGAAAGUGUGGUUCAAUCCCCAGCACCAAAAAGAAAACGAAAGUUGAAAUUGGCAAAAAGAUGGCUGAAAAGUCUGCUCUAAGCUUCUGCUAAUUGUCCAAACUCGAAUUUUCUUUCUACUGUUUUCCUCUCCCCAGCUUUAUUGAAGUAGAACUGACAAAUAAAAAUGACUUCUA